CCUUCCGGUUCACUAAUACGCAAUUUCGCAGAAGGGCUGGAACGUGUCGUCCCUCUGCGCAGGCGUAGUCACCGCUUGACCCGCGGCGCUAUGCCGGGACUGCACAUUUCUCGAGUCCGGGCAUUGUACAAGCGCGUCUUGCAGCUGCACCGUGUUCUGCCUCCGGACCUCAAAGCCCUGGGCGACCAGUACGUGAAAGACGAAUUUAGGAGACAUAAGAGCGUUGGUUCUGACGAGGCCCAGCGUUUCUUGCAGGAAUGGGAGGUGUAUGCAACAGUGUUAUCGCAACAAGCUAACGAAAACAGACAAAAUUCAACUGGAAAAGCAUGUUUUGGCACCUUCCUCCCAGAAGAAAAACUUAAUGACUUUCGUGAUGAACAGAUUGGACAGUUGCAGGAGCUGAUGCAAGAAGCCACAAAACCCAAUAGGCAAUUUAGUAUUUCUGAGUCUACAAAACCAAAAUUUUAGUUCAUACGACAAAACUUAACAAGAUAUGCAAACAUUGAGAACCCUUACUUUAACUGUCAUUGGUUUUUGAAAUGUAUUAUUUAAGCUUUGAAAAUGCCUGUUAUUAAUGAAAUAUUCUCUUAUUUUGGAUAUUAUGAAUGCAACAAUAGAUGAAUCAAGAUCACUAGUGACAAUUGAAAAAAUUAUUGGAAUAAUAGCCCUUGCUGUAUGAAAUUCGAUUUUGGAACUAAACGGGAAAUAAUGGAUCUAAAAUGGACAAAUUUCUAGAAUUUUGCUGAAAACAUUUUAAAACGCUAUUCUCAUCCAACCAUAUUAGCCUUCUGUCUUUUCUUUAGCUUCAUCAAGUAAGUAUGUUGUGAUAAUGAUACAGAAUUCCAACAAGGUUAUUUUUUUAAAUACAUUAUCAUUUUGAACAUUUCUCAUCACUUCUACUUUAAUAAUACAUACAUGAUUUUUCUUCUGAAUGUCUCUUCUCCCUGCAUCACUGUUCAUUCACAGUGAAAGGUUAGGGAGAAGCUUUAAAAUUCACUGUUUUACUAUCAUUUGUAUAAUAGACUAUACAAAGUCUAAUACA